UCUGGCAGUAUGACCUCUCCUUAUGCAGCAGUACAGUUCUGCCCAGAGCGAACCUUUCAACGAUUGAGAGAACCAGCAGCAGCCUGUCUCUCAUGGGCUGAAGGUUCUUUCCUGGCCUCCAUGUCACAGGGCCAGGGCUCUCAGGGUACAGAUAUCCUCGGACAAGACGUCCUCAGCCAGCUGCUGGAGAUGCUGGACCAGUCUGCGCUACAUUCAAUGCAGCCUAUCGAGCUCAACUUUUCCGAGGGCUCUGCAGUCGGAUCGGCAUCUAAUACAAUACAGAUUAGCAUGGACUGCAUCACGAUGCGUGGGCCUGAGGAGCCACUUACAGAUUUCUCUGGGCGCGCAGGAGAAUUAGGUGGUUGUGGCUCCCCUCCCAGCAGAGGAAUGCAGUUGUCCGGGAUUAAUACCCCCCAUACAACACCACCCGCCCCCAUCUUCCUCGCAGUAAAGAUCGGGCGUGGUGCGCAGCAUGGCACGCUAACAUCCGUCCCUUGCCAGCUAGCAUUCGUGUUGAUUGAAAACCUGGAAACUGUGGCAACCUGCCAAUCGUUUGCUGCAAUGAUGCUCAUUAAACUUUGA